AUGUCGCGAAUUCGACUACCCCACCAUGUACAAGCAUCUGUUCAACGAUCAGAUCAGAUCUUCAAGAGCCGCAAGUUGGCUCAAUCUUACGUUGAUGAAAUCGCUGCCAAACAUGGAUUUGCCGUCAGAUUUAACAAUGGCCAGGGGUACAUGGCAUGUACACGGAACGAAGCUAAGCCCACACGGAAAAACGAUACACGGUGCAAGGGUGAAUACGACGAGAGGGUCAGAAAGACACGAGUCACGCAUACGGGGUGCAAGUUCUCCUUAGCUAUCAAGAGGGCUUAUAACGCCAACGAGUGGUAUGUUGUCGAUGUCAGCGACGCCAAACCCAUUCACAAUCAUCUGCCAUCUGUCUGUUCUGCUUCAAAUGCUAGAUAUCGUGCUCAACAGCUGGAGGAGAUCAGGGCUCAGUUCAAGUCAGUUGGUGCUGACGAGUCCAAAAGCGACAGCGAGAACGAUAGAUUGGACAUCUGCGACAUUUUCAUGGACGUUCAAGCCGCUCCUCGACAACUCCGAGAAGCACUUCGUAUCAUAUCUCCUAAAGGUUACGCGGUGACAAGCCAGGACGUGUACAACCUGUAUAAACGACGCGACAAGGACCUUUUCGGCGACAUGGACCCUAUGGAGGCUUUGCUGGUAUUGUUAGAGAAGACGCCUCAUUUUCACUGCAGCUAUCGACUCGACGAUGAUCCGGCUUUCCUCGAUACCGAAGCUGUGGUUGGUGACCUGCAAGAAGACAACAGUGACGAUGAAAGUGACGAUGACACGGAAGUACAAACUGUACCAACCAAGCGAGCUCCAGAACCCGCGCCCGUACCAGCACCUAUCAAGAAGCGAAGGGGGCCACCAAAGUCCCAGACUGGCUCAAGUCAGAGCGAGUCUGCCACAAAGCCUUCCUCACCACCGCCCGAGGGAAGCCCUCCGGCUGAUGACGAAGCAAAACGCGAGAAUGUCGUUUGUGACAUCUUUUUCUUACACCGCAAGUCCAUCAAGUUUAUGAGGACCUUUCCUGAGGUCAUCGCAGUCGAUUGUACUUUCAACACAAAUGGGUACAACUACAGGCUCUUCAACAUUGUCGGUGUGGGAUCGGAUAAUAGGUCGUUUCCCAUUGCUCAUGCCUUCAUCUCCCGGGAGAACGCUGACACCUUUGCUUGGUGUUUGAACGAGCUGAAGAAGAUCAUGGAGGAAUUUAACAUUCCCUUCCCGGAGUGGAUCCUUUCAGACUGUUCCAAGGCUUUUCUCAAAGCCAAGUCUCUUGGUGGCUUCCCCGGAAAAAUCCGUCUCUGCGACUGGCAUGCUGACCAGGCAGUGCUGAAAAGGGCGUCCAAGCUCUUUAAGAGUGAUACUGCUUUCGACAAGUUCAUGGAGGCCUGGUACUUGAUGAAAGGUGCCAACAGCAAGACACAAUUCCGGAAAUUCUACAGCAAGUUCAAGAAUGUGUAUUGGAAGCCGGGCACUACCGAGCCCGACCAGAAGGACUCCACAUCUGUGGGAAGAAACAACAGGGCAUACUUCUACAUCAAGAGAAACUGGUUUGGCGACCCCGACAGCGACCACCCAGACAAGAUCAAGUAUCGUCACAUGCUCGUCAAGGCUUAUUCGAACGGUACAGAGGAUUUCUUCAACAAAACCACAUCCCGGGUCCAGAGUCUCCACGCACUGCAAAAGAGCAACAUGAGAUCGCGCAUCUCUUCUCUCUUCUCGUCUGCGAUGACUGUGAUACGAGUCUCGCUUGACAUCCUUGCUGACUUGGAGACCGAACACUCUCAAGCCAUGGAGAAAUACGAAGUGGCCUUGAGCCGAGACUUUAACGACUGCCUCAUGCCAUUCAUUUCAGUGCUGGCACUGCGAAAGGUGGCUGAGCAGGCUCAGAAGGGUAAGCUCAGCAGUCAGCAGGCUGAGGGGACUGGGGCCACGAGUCGCACGAGCAAAUGCUGUACCGAGAGCUUCAUGAAUACCUCGGGUUUGCCUUGUAUACACUACUUGCGCAAGAUUCUAGCCAAGCCCAAAGAUGGCGCCACCAUGAGACCUAAUGCUGAAGUCAACAAUGCGCCCGGCAAGUCGGAAGAGGAGAUGUUAUUUCCUGUUCUAAUGCUCGGCGAUUUCCACCCACACUGGAGAAAUCUACAUGCCACACUAAUGAUGGGGCCUGACGAUUGGGAUAGCGCAACCAACUAUGGCAGACAUCGAGACUUGUGGCGGAAAUUGCAGUGCAGGCUCGAAAAGGAUAAGGAAAUUGACGAAAUGUGGCGGAAGAAGGACGAAGCAAUGCUACAAGAAGUGGCAUCCGGCAACGAUUUUGUUCGCUUGAAGACUAAGGGUGAUAUCGCUGACACGUUCGUUAAUGGCACAAGAAGAAGCACAGGCCGAGUGAAGCCUUCCCUCGACAAGGGCAAGGCCUGCCCCAUCUGCAAGAAGAAAGAGAGUGGCCACGCCAUCACCAAAUCGUGCUUCCCCAACAACGCUGCGUACGAGCGCUACUUGGAGAAGAACGACCCAGAGUCAAGAUUGGAACGCAUUGCCCUCGAUAAACGAAACUUGCAGAAGGCGGGUCUUGUCGAAUCCGUACGCAAUGCUUAUGUGACUGCAGGCGACGACUCCGACAACGAAUUUCCAGUAUUGUAG